AGGGCGGCAACUUUGACGAAGGCUAUCGGACUAGAUGUUUUCUUCCACCUGAAAUUUUGAUGUAACAGAAACCAUUUUUGGUCUGUCAUCUGAAAUUGCAAUGUUUGAAAUUCCAGACGAUGAUGAAGAAUUCUGGGAGAACUUACCACUUGGGGAUAGCCUUCCACAAUUUAAUACUAUCUCACAAGCUCAGGUGGAAAGUAACAAGUCAGGUGUUGUUGAACAGCAGCCUAGAAAAGAUGCAAAUUUUCCUGCAUCUCUUGAUUCAGGCAGAGGGAGCCCUGUUAUUUUAUUUCAGGGUAAUAACCAAGAACUCCAGAGAACAGAUGAAACAGAAAUGCAGGGUAAACCUGUGCCAAGUGAAAAUCUAGCAACUCAUGACAUGCAGAAGCCAGAUGCUGGUGCAGAGACCCUGCAUGAUAUAUUUAAUUUGACUCAGAGUAGUGAAUUUGAUUUGGAACUUAGUCUUACCUUUCAGUCCGAAACUGGAUCUAAAGAGCCUGAAGAACAAAUGAUCGUGCGGAAUACCUCUGUGGCAUCUGGAAACCAGAUGAGCCCUGAAGCUGGUAUUCAAAACAAGGGCAGUUUUGGAAGACGUGCUAAUAGUGUGAGUGUGUUGCAAACUUUUAAUAGACUCGGGUCUGAUUCACCAUACUAUGGGAACAAAUCAGUGCAUACCAAUAGAAUUGACACCUGUCAUCCGAGAGAUCAGGCUGCCACAUGCCAUUUUCUGGAUGUAUCAACAUUGCCACAAGAGGGACAUGCUAUGAUGGGUCAGCCUGAGAGGAAAAGUUUCGGCCAUAUUGAGGAAGUACAUGUAGAUGCAAACAGAGCAGAUUUAUCAGAUGGGAAGUCAAAAAUGAAGAGGAAGUUUCCAGGGCCUGCUGGACUUUUGCCUAGACUUGUUCCAGGUCAAGAUCUUCAAUCUGCUCCAGUGCUUGUGCUUAAUGUUCCAAAAUCUCCAAAAAAACAGGAUAUACCUAUUGCCCCCUCACAGUCCAGUGCCGAAGACGUCUUUCUUGAAGCUCCUUGGAAGAUGUUACAGCAUGAUUUGGGUGAAGAUGGCCAGCUUAUUCUGAAGAAGUUCUCUAUUGCAGACACUGUCAGCAAGGCAAGGCUGAAGCACCUCCCUAAUGGCAAGGUGCCCCUUCUGUUUGUCGUUGUUGAAACUCUGGAUAUUCAGGGUACAGAUGGCUUUGUCGUUCUUCGAGAUAAGACAGGCAAAAUGCAAGGCACGGCCCAUCGAGAGCUGUUGAAAGAGUCUGAGUUACAGUUUCAGCAGGGUGUUGUUCUUGUCCUCAAACAGGUGGGUGUAAUUAGUCCGUCUCAGCGCACUCAUUACCUGAACAUCACUCCGAGCAAUGUUGUGAGUGUGUAUCGCUCAAAUGGGGAUGGAACAGCAAGGGUGACCCAGGGAGAGACAGAGAACCUGCUGCAAGUAGUCAGUGCUGUGGAGACACAGCUGACCCAACUGCAAAGCGUCAGCACCCCCAAAGCUGGUCAGCUUCUCUCACUGCCAGGAACUCCCAUCCAAAGUGUCCUUCAGAGUCCGACCUUGUUCCAGAAUGUCCACAGCUCUCCAGGUGUCGGUCAAGUCAUGACAAAACUUGGUAGUCCAUUAGUACCACAGUCUGGUUGGCGGCCUUCAAAAACUGACCAGGUGUUUAAAGUACCUCAGUCGACAUCUUUAACUCCUAGCCGACAUCUUAAUAAGCCUGGCAUGCCUCAGUAUAGAGCCCACACCUGUCAUCAAGUUCCAUUUUCUCCAGCACAUAGGUCGAAGACUUGGACAUCACCAAACAGGAUGACUAAACUGAAGCACCAGCCAUCUUCUGUGCCGUCUACGCCUCCUUAUAGUCUGUCCUCACCUCUGGCUUCUAGCCCGGCUGUAAGACCUGCACCAUCUGCAAGUGGAAACUCUGAUAGCUACAAGUUUUGUGCACAACCUCAAUAUCAGCAUCCUUCACCACGUAAUGCCACAAUGCCUGUGCCACAAUAUGCAGCCUCCAGACCAGCAUCGAGGGUUACAGGUGGACAGUCUAACAACAAGGCAGUACCUGGACACUCUUCUCCAAGUACCAGUGCUAUACAGCGCUCUCCUUUACAAGCCAUUCCCACCUAUGCCACCUUGCCAAAUUCAUCUGACAGCUCUGAACAGUCUCUUGGGAAUGCCACAACACCUUUGCAGUGUUCAAAAUCGAAGUGGACAUUCAAGUCUAAAAGGUCAUCAGGUGUUGGCUCUCCUCACACUUCAACAGGUGUGACAGGAGACUGGCAGAGAUCUCCCUCAGAUGUGUCUCUACCAUCCUUUGAUGUUGGCAAAAGGACAUCUGUGCCAAUUCAGUUGCCUGCCAAAUUAAGAGCAAAAGCAGCUUCUUUAGGAUCGCCGUCCUUGGAAGUCAACCCACCACCCAGUAAAAGCCGCAGACCUAACUUUGCGGUUGAUCAGUCAAGUUUUACAUUAGAUGUGGGACAUCAAAGUGGACAUAGCUCUGCAUUUUCUCCCAGAUCAUUUAAGGAAGUAGCCCCUUGUGAUACACCUUUGGAGCUGAAUACUUCGCUGGCAGGAAGAAACCCAACUGAGAUGAAUGUCGACAGCUUAUGGCCUGAUGACUUGACAGAUGAAUUCCUAACGGACUUAACGGCUGAUGACUUUCCUUGAUGCUGAAUAAACUGCAUACGUAUACAUCGUCAUCAUCAUGUAAGAUCCACAUUCUUGCCAAGAUGUGCCAAUGGCGUAAGCCUGGAUGCUGGCCAUAUGGAUGCCUGUCUUCACAGAAAUAAAGUCUGGAUACUCACUGGAUAUGUUGUUUGUCUUUUCAAAGAUCUGUAUCUGAUUGUGAACUUAUCAUCUAGGUAUACUGAGCCAUGUAUGUCUAGUCCACAGAAGUGGUCUUUAUUUCCUUGAAAGCUAGGCUUUGUGUUUCAAAAAUGAACAAACCAAUUACUUGUGCUGAAACCACAAAGCCAGUGUUAACUGAAAUCAACACAGAAAACCUGAUUAGACAGCAUUGUUAAUGGUGUUUCAAGAACAAAUUAUGAUACAUUUUUCUUAGUAUAACACUUAGUAGGUUUUAUAUAUUGGAGUAACUCAUUGGCUCAUUCAUGAAAGUCUUGAUUGGCUAAGUGAUCGGUAUGUAGACACCUGCUGGCUUGGUUCUGCUAUUAUCACAUUGAAGCUUGCCCUGUACCUUGUACACAUAUACCUGACCACUCUGGUAUAAAGUAAAACAUUCUUGAGCACAAUAUUAAACCAAUGUCAAAUAUAUGAUAGAUGUCAAUAACUUUAGCCCUUAGAGUGUAAGAAGAAAU